AGGGAGAGGCAAAGGCAGAAAUAAACGAGUCCCUAGAUUGCAAACUCCUGGACAGUUUAAGACGGUGCAGCCUUGCUACAUGUUGUAAGAAAUGGCUGUAGGAAACAACACUCAACGAAGUUAUUCCAUCAUCCCGUGUUUUAUAUUUGUUGAGCUUGUCAUCAUGGCUGGGACAGUGCUGCUUGCCUACUACUUCGAAUGCACUGACACUUUUCAGGUGCAUAUCCAAGGAUUCUUCUGUCAGGAUGGAGACUUAAUGAAGCCUUACCCGGGGACAGAGGAAGAAAGCUUCAUCACCCCUCUGGUGCUCUAUUGUGUGCUGGCUGCCACCCCAACUGCUAUUAUUUUUAUUGGUGAGAUAUCCAUGUAUUUCAUAAAGUCAACCAGAGAAUCUCUGAUUGCCCAGGAGAAAACAAUUCUGACCGGAGAAUGCUGUUACCUGAACCCCUUACUCCGAAGGAUCAUAAGAUUCAUAGGGGUAUUUGCUUUUGGGCUUUUUGCUACUGACAUUUUUGUAAACGCCGGACAAGUGGUCACGGGGCACCUGACGCCGUACUUCCUGACGGUGUGCAAGCCCAACUACACCAGCGCAGACUGCCCGGCGCACCACCAGUUCAUCAACAACGGGAACGUCUGUACUGGGGACCUGGAAGUGAUAGAGAAGGCUAGGAGGUCCUUUCCCUCCAAACAUGCUGCUCUGAGCAUUUACUCCGCCUUAUACGCCACGAUGUACAUCACAAGCACAAUCAAGACGAAAAGCAGUCGACUGGCCAAGCCAGUGCUGUGCCUCGGGACCCUCUGCACAGCCUUCCUGAUGGGCCUCAACCGGGUCUCUGAGUAUCGGAACCACUGCUCCGAUGUGAUCGCGGGCUUCAUCCUGGGCACUGCUGUAGCCCUGUUUCUGGGAAUGUGUGUGGUCCAUAACUUUAAAGGAACACAAGGAUCUCCUUCAAAACCCAAACCCGAGGACCCCCGUGGAGUACCCCUAAUGGCUUUCCCAAGGAUAGAAAGCCCUCUGGAAACCUUAAGUGCACAGAAUCACUCUGCCUCUAUGACCGAAGUUACCUGAAAUGGCUGACGUGUCACAAGCUGUUUUUUUUUUUUAA